UCCGAAAUAAAAAUAGUUGGGUCAUAUUGUAUUUAGAAGAAUCGCGAACUCCCGGCGCGAAUAAUCCAGACGGAGGUUUGCAUUUCUUUCUGUCUUUGACCAAAGGAAAAGCGGACGGAAAGGACCAUGCAUCAAGCACUUCAAAUUUUGCUGGUUCUGUUAGUGCUCCUAUUGGCCAGGACUCAGUCACGCCCUCUGGAUGAACUUAAAAAUGAAAUCCAGCCAACCACUACAGCAUGUUUAACUCCAAACUGCUUGUAUGACUCCAAAUGCUAUGCACACGAAGAAGAGAUAAGUCAUGGAUCAAAUGGGGAAGGAUGGUGUCAUGGGCUGUUAUGUAAUGAUGGUCAUGUUGUCACAUGGGAUGACUUUGAUUGUGGUCCAGUUUCCACCACACCUCUAACAACAAUGACACCCACCACCCCACCUAGUCUCCCUGUUACAACCAUUCCAAAGUCCGGGUGCAUGUACAAUGGCAUUUGGUACGAAGAGAACAGUGACAUAGAAAAAGGGACAGAUGGUAUGGGGUGGUGCUAUGGAUUGUACUGUACCAGUGGUGGAGGGAUUAUUGCAUGGGAUGACUUUGACUGUGGCCCUACAACAGCUCCUACAACAGCUCCUACAACAGCUCCUACAACAGCUCCUACAACAGCUCCUACAACAGCUCCUACAACAGCUUCCACGAUAGCUCCUACUACAGCUCCUACUACAGCUCCUUCUACAGCUCCCCCACCACCUCCCCCAUCAACAACACAAUUAGGUUGCCUCCAAUAUGGUGUCUGGUAUGCCCCAGGCAGUGAGAUAAGUAGGGGAACAGAUGGGCAAGGUUGGUGCUAUGGGGCAAUUUGUACAGAUGAUGGUCAAAUCCAGCUAUGGGAUGACUUCAAUUGUACAUCACAGUCUACACCCACACCCACACCUCCAGCUCUGCCCAAAGGUUGUUACUAUGAGGGGAAAUGGUACCCAACUGGUGUCUUUGAAGGUACUAAUAGCCGUGGGUGUAGGUUUGGAGCACAUUGUGGUUUGGAUGGCCAAGUGAUAGAUUGGGAAGAAUUUGACUGUCAAAUCAAGAGCCAGUGACAAGAAUUUCACCUAGAAUUCAUGCUUGGCUAACUAAGUCAUAAAUAUUAGAGACAGAUAGUCUGCAUGGGCUAUGGGUGUAACAUUACACAGUAGCCUAUGAUAAUACAGUAUGCAGUUCACAGAUUUGAAUGCUUUCUCAUUUAAGAUUUUCACAAAUGUGUAAUCACUUCAAUAAUUGUUUUCAUAGAUUGACAAACAUUAGAAAUAAAGCUGUCCUCUCUGGAA